AGUUGGACCUGGAACUGGCAAUAUGACUGUAAAGUUGCUAGAAAAGGCGAAAAAGGUAAUAGCCUGUGAACUUGACCUAAGGCUAGUAGCUGAACUUCACAAAAGAGUUCAGGGCACGCCUCUGGCCAGCAAACUUCAAGUAAUGGUGGGUGAUGUGUUGAAAACAGAUUUGCCAUUUUUUGAUGCUUGUGUGGCAAAUUUGCCUUAUCAGAUCUCUUCUCCUUUUGUCUUCAAGCUGUUGCUGCACCGACCUUUUUUUCAGAUGUGCUGUACUUAUGUUUCAAAGAGAAUUUGCUCUCCGACUGGUUGCAAAACCUGGGGAUAAGUUAUACUGCAGACUGUCAAUUAAUACACAGCUAUUAGCACGUGUGGACCAUCUAAUGAAAGUUGGAAAGAAUAACUUCAGACCACCGCCCAAGGUGGAAUCCAGUGUCGUAAGGAUAGAACCUAAGAAUCCACCACCACCUAUCAAUUUUCAGGAAUGGGAUGGCCUAGUAAGGAUCACCUUUGUUAGGAAAAACAAGACACUGUCUGCUGCAUUUAAGUCAAGUGCAGUGCAACAGCUACUGGAAAAAAACUACAGAAUUCACUGUUCGGUCCAUAAUAUCAUAAUACCAGAAGAUUUCAGCAUAGCAGAUAAAAUACAGCAAAUCCUAACCAGCACAGGUUUUAGUGACAAGCGGGCCCGUUCCAUGGACAUAGAUGAUUUCAUUAGAUUGCUACAUGGAUUCAAUGCAGAAGGUAUCCAUUUUUCUUAGGUAUCUGCAGAAGAGAAGUUUCCAAACUCAACAAAGUAGAAUUAUAUAUUCUUAAUAAUUUGAGAAGAUGAACUAUGCUUGGACACUAUGUGCUUGACUAUUUUUGAUUUACUACUGUUGUCACCAUUUAUUACUCUGAAUUUUUAAGGAAGUAAGUCAAUUCUAACUAUACAGGUUUCUUUUUUGGUUUUGGUUUGAUUUUAAUAUGCAACAUAGGGCAGGGUCCAAUUUAUACAUGAUACUCUUCAAGUUUAAGAGCCGCAGACACGCACAACUUUACACUUAAAAGUUAUUUCUAACAGUGUAUUAUAUAAAGAUGUUACACUAAUAUUUUCUAUGUUAUAUAUUACUGUGAGAACCUUUUUUUAGGAUUUUAGUUCUUUAGGCCUUUGUUCUUCAAGUCAUAAGAAAGUUAAAAUAUGCUUAAUUUAGUCACAUAUUCCCCAUACCAUUUCUUCUUGUUAUUCAUGUGUACAGUAAAGCAAUUGUUUCCUAAAAUGUUAUUUUGCUUCUCUCAUUCUUUCUCUGUUUAUCCUGUAUAAUUUCUAUCACUGCGUACCCCUUUAGCAAUCCUGCAGCAUAAUAGGCUAGGGUUCUAGGUAAGCCUGAGUCUGCUACUGCCACCACAUGGUGCCAGGCAUAUUACUUCUAGGCAUUCUUACUUGUAAAUGAGGAUGCUCAACUAGAAUGAAAGGAACUAUAAGAUUGUAUGUUUUUUCUUGGGGAGAUAGUCAUAGAUUUAAAAUUUCAAAGGGUUUUAUAAAUCAACACUGGCUUUAAAGUUAAAAUCCAAAUUUUAACAGAGGUACACUGAGUGAACCUAGAAGGAAAAGAUAGGUUGUUUGCAUAAACAGAUUUUUUAGAAAUCUGGCUUCAAAGUGAUAUAUUAAAACAUUCCUAUAUAACUAAAAUAAUGUAUAUUUUUAGUUAAUUAUUAAUAGGGAUAUCAGCUUUCAAGUCUGAGAAAGUAAAUGUUUAAUCCAGAUCCAAAAAAUUUAAGUUAUUCUUUAAAUAAUAACUGCACAAAGCCACUUUUGUUACAUAAAUACUACAUAAUUAAGAGUAGGUUUUUUUAAUCUCACAAAACUACUUAAUUAGCAAAGUUCACUUGUACCAUCUCUAUCCUUAAAGGAAAAUUUAAAUUUAAGAUUUAAUUCAGCUUUCCCUCUUAUUUCCCUGUCCUCCUAUGGACUGCUGAGUUUCAGUCCCUUUUAUAACCUUCAGAUUUCUCUAUCUGUAAAACUGAGGGAAUGGAUUAUACUACCAAGAUCUUUUCUGGU